CAGCCAUGUGUGCUUUUUUUCAGCUCGAUGGUGCAAUCAAGACGCUCAAACAACGACCACCUCGGGCUCGGCAUGGGCUUUCCUUUUUUUGUUUGUUUCUGGCAAGUUCCUUAGAUUUCCGUCGGGGAGCCGAGCCGUCGCCGAGGGUCGCCAUAGCCAGAAAAGGCUCAUGCGUCUCUUAUUCGGCGGUCCUUGUGGUAGCACGAUGAUUGGGUGAUUUUCUCUUGCCCGCCUGCUGAUCGCGCUCCCGCCUCGAUGUGUCUGUCCCCGCUUUUCUCGGCGAGGCGCUGCAGAUAUACGAGGCCGACUACGCGGUGGCCGACCUGUAUGAGUCUUGGGCGUUGCACCAUUUCGCAGUGCUCGCCAUGGCCAUGCUGAAGCAGAGCUUCGACAGCGCCAAGCACGUACUUGAGCGGUCGGCCGCCACAGUGGACACGAACUCGCCGAUGUUCCAGGCUUGGGCAGGGACCCUGAAGGGCAUGCACAUAUCGGUGAGCAACUUGGCCAUGCUUGGCAUCUGGUCGUUCGUGAUAUCCUGUGCGUGCUCCUCCUGCUGGGUCCUGGCCGCCGUGCUGCUGGAGGAGGCCGCCGGUGCGGGCUCGGAGCUGGGCCAGAUGAUCAGGAGCGGUUCCGAGAACGUGAGGUUCUUCGCUUCUGGCAUGGGUUGCGUCGCCUCUUCUGUCGCGAUCUGCAACAUGAUCAAAAUUGAGCGGACGUUUCACAUAGAGCUCGCCAACUUCGGCCCCUUCCUGAAGUUCUGGGGCACGAAGAUACUAGUUUCCAUUGCGUUCUUGCAGACCAUAGUCUUCAUGAUCCCGGUUCCGCCCUUCAAGGACAUGACAAUUGUGCAGGCAAACGUUACUUACUCCACCCUGAUCUGCUACGAGUGCCUUGUCAUCGCCCUGCUGCACAUGCACGCGUGGAAGUGUGACGAGGCGUGGUACAGAUACAGCGACGAUCAGGAGAGCCCCGGCAAGCUGCCCGAGGAGGGCCUCGGGCUGCCCGCCAGCGUGCUGGGCCGCAGGGCCCGCGUCGAGGAGAACAGCGGACUCAGCGCCAAUCGCGCGUGACAGCCGCCGCGCGCGCGCCGGCCUCGCGCUUCGCCCUGCGGCCAGGGGACAGUGGGCCAAGCUUAGCGGGCUGAUGCUGCUGCAUUUGCUCCCCCUCCUCCAGUUAUAUUGGCCGUCGCCAGCGUUGCCUCCCGUGCACGAAGUGGCCGUGAUUUCAGGAGGAGCGCCGCCGGCAAACGUUCGUGCCAGCUCUUCCUUUCCUGGCCGUCUCUCUGCUUUCGGAUGCUCCCUCCUGUCCCUGCUCCCCACGUCCUCGGCUCGACAGGUCCUACACCUAGGACACCUGGUGCCGCGCGGCAGCCUGGCCUGAGGAGUCGCAAAAA